AUGAAAUGAAUUGAUAAUGCUUGUAGAGCCGUCAUUAAAAAGCUAAAAUGGACCCCAACUUGCAGUACUGGCAAACCAAUGGACAGUCUUUUCUGAGCAGACUGCGUCUCUGGUUUAACAUCCUUGACCCUCGUUAUGUGUUGUCAUCACAGGCUGAAAUUGAGGAGGCCCGGAUACUUCUUCAGAAAGAGGGAAAUAAACAGAGAAAUGAAAAAGUUGCUAAUGCCUGGUUACUGUCUCUUUCUUCUGUCCAUGCUGAUACUGGAGCUGUAAUCUCACCAGUGUUUCGUCCUCAAGGUUUUCUACCUAUAUCUGCUCCCUUGGUUGUUGCAAGUUUAAUACCCCACAAAGGCAUUAAACAUGCUUUGUUUUGGCAAUUUUUGCUUCAGGCAUACUGUGCAGGAUUCAACCAUUCUAACAGAAAUGCAACAGCAACUAAGGAUAACACAACAUCAAUGAAGCAGACAAUUCUUAUGGUUGGAACAGUUUCCUACUCAACAUUUGCAGGGGCUCUUCCACAGAUUAUACUCCAGCGUUUUAGACUCUUCAGUGCUGUGAUUGAGACCUUCUGUAGAUCCGUGUUACCUAUUCCUCUCUCAGCCUGUCUAGCUGCAUUCAGUGUAAUGGUGGUGAGAAGUGAAGAGUCCGACAAUGGAAUACAAGUGUUUGAUUCUAAUGGGAAUGCUGUCGGAGUCUCAAAGGAAGCUGGUUCCAAGGCCAUAAAGGAAACAGCCAUCUCAAGAGCGGCUCUCUUUGGCACCACUGCAGCUGCUCCCAGUUUUCUGCUGGCUCUCCUUAAAAGGGCAAAGUUUGUCCAAAGAAACCCCAUGAUAAUCGCUCCUGUUCGGCAUGUCAGUACUGCCAUUAUUUUUGGCCUGAUGAUUCCUGUGUCCUUUAGUCUUUUUCCACAGUUUGGCAAGAUAAAGAGGGAGAAUUUAGAAGAGGAGUUUCAGUCACUUGAAAGUAAUGGGGAACUGUUUUACCACAGAGGACUGUAAUGUUGCUAUUGAAAACUUGCUUAUUUGAGGGCGACUGUUUGCUGAC